AUGGAGACUAAACUGGCUGUUAAUAGUAGUAUCUUGUUUAAGGCUAAAUUGUCUUUUGAUAAUGUCUUUGAGGUGCCUAGACAAGGCUUAGGAGGGGGUCUGUUUCCUUUUUGGAAUGAUGUAGUCAAUGUUCAUGUUUUAUCUCACUCUCUGUACCACAUUGACUGUUUCAAUGAUAAAAGUAGCCCCAAUCCCCCUCAUUCCCAUGCUAUGAUCAACUUCCAAAAUUUUAUCACUAAAUUUGAUUUACACCCUUUCCCUUUGUGGGAAAUCGUUUCACCUGGAAGCAUGGCCAAAUUCGUAAAAGACUUGAAGAGUUGGCCUAACAAUCCAAAUAAUAGUAGCCCUGAGAUCUCCUUGCAUUCUUUUCUUAGUCUGCAUAAUACUUGUCUUAACAAUCUUAAAAGUUGGAACCAAUCCAAAAAUAAUAUCCGCCAAAGAAUAAAGAGUAUCCAAAACCAAAUCGAGGCUACUCACAGCAACUCUAAUUUGUCCUCUGAUGACAUUGCCACUGCCAAUCGUCUCCAAUCCACCAUGGAUACUCUUCUUUUAAAAGAGGAGGGAAUUACUCGAUGUAUUACCCCUGAUCAAUUUUAUUUUCUUAGCAAGGACUUUGACUUCUCUGAAGUCAAGUCAUCUCUUUUUCAAAUCUCGGGGGAUAAGGCUCCUAGUCUCGAUGGACUCAAUCCCCUUUUUUACCAAAAGAACUGGCACAUUCUGGGUCACUCUUUUGGCCAUGCUGUUCUUGAUGUCCUAAACAAGGGUGCUAGCAUUUCUUCCAUCAAUGCGACUUACCUUGUUCUUGUCCCUAAGAAAAGUAAUGCUACCAAAGUCCGUGAUUUCAGGCCCAUUAGCCUUUGCUCGACCAUUUACAAGGUUGUGGCCAAAUCAAUUGCUAAUAGGCUUAAAACUGUCCUUACUUCUCUCAUUUCGCACAACGAAGGUGCUUUCCUUAGCAAUCGCAUCAUCGUCGACAAUAUUCUUAUUGCUAAUGAGGUUAACAAUUCAAUCAAUGGUCAUAAGAAUGACAAAGUGGGUUGGGCUGCUCUUAAGCUCGAUAUGGAGAAAGCAUUCGACAAAGUUGAAUGGGGUAUUAUCGAACAUAUCCUUCUCCAUUUUGGCUUCCCAAGUUGUUUUGUGUCUCUGAUUCUUAGGGGAAUUAGACAGGGGGAUCCCCUGUCCCCUUAUCUUUUUCUCCUGGUUGCUGAAGGCCUAUCUGCUAUCAUUCGCUCAAAGGAGCAGGCCAGUCUAUUUAAAGUUGUCUCUAUUUGUCGUUCGGUUCCUUCUAUCUCUCACCUCCUCUUCGCGGAUGACAGUCUCUUGUUUACCCAUGUUAGUCAUCGCAGUAGUCAUUCUAUCCAUGACGUUCUUACCACCUACAAUAAAGCCACCGGUCAAUCUAUCAAUUUUGCUAAAUCCUCUAUUCUUUUCUCACCCAAUACCUCACCCCAGGAUAAAAGUUCCUUUCUCUCCUCCCUUGGAAUGGUUGACAAACCUUUUAUUGACACCUAUUUAGGUGUUCCACAAUAUUUUUCUAGAUCCAAGAAAUCCUCUUUUCAUUUUAUUCUCCAAAGAGCCAGCAGUAAACUUAGCAUCUGGAAUUCCAAGCUCUUUUCUAAAGCAGGCAAAGAGAUUCUGUUAAAAGUGGUUAAAAUAAGUCUAAAAUUCACUGGAAGUCCUAGCACAAUCUCUGCAAAUCCAAAUUCUUUGGGGGUCUCGGUUUCAGGUUACACUAACCCCUGCUAUAAAGAUGAUUCCCAGCCUCCUGAGAACAAUGUCUCUUAUUUUAUCAAUGAUAAUGGUUCUUGGGAUCUCCACAAACUCAACUCUUAUUUUGAUAAGGAUAUGAUUCAGUCCAUCCUAGCCAUACCUACUAAUCCCUCUUCUAAGGGCUAUCUCAUUUGGGGACAUGACUCCUCGGGUAUUCUUACGGUUAAUUUUGCUUACCACCUAGCCAAUUCUCAUCAUUCCUCCCCUUCUUCCUCCAACCCCAACACUCUCAAAUGCUGGUGGAAAUCUAACUGGUCCUCCAACACCCCCCCUAAAAUUAAACACUUCAUUUGGAAAGUAUUCUAUCAUCUUCUACCUUCCAAUCUUAACCUUUUCUCUAGAAGAGCCCUUGAUAAUCCUUACUGUAUUCUCUGUUUGAACAAAGUGGAGUCCAAUUCUCAUUCUCUCCUAGAGUGUUCCAGAGCAGAUAAGAAGCCUAACGAUCAAGAAAUAGAACCUUUUAUUCAUUCUUAUUUGCAGGAAUAUAAUGAAGCUCAAACUAAAGUUCUUCCGGUCCUAAAGUUUUCCCAAGGCAGCUCUUCAACAAACAUCACCAUUGAAUCUUUCCAACCCCCUCUGGCUUUUACAAGCUCAGUGUCGAUGCAACCACUCAAAGAAAGACCAACAAGCAGGGUUUUGGAGCUGUAG